AUGAUAAACAAACUUUUUUGCAGAUUUUCAAGCAGCGCUUUUAAACUAUUAUAAAAUAAGGUUCGAACUUAAGAAAUGAAUAAAAUUAAGGAUUUUUGUUAAUUUUUUGAUGAAGUAACAACAUAAUCUAAAGAAAAAAAAUUAAAUAAUAUUGAAGAAAAGCUUAAUUAGAUGUAAAAAUUUGAUAUUGAUUUCAACAAUCUAUAAACUUUGUAAUGGAUGUAUUAGAAUGUUUUUGAUCAUCCUUCAUUAAAUGAUGCCUUUAAUAAUUUACUUGGGGCUUAAAUUAUUUUAUUGAUCAAAGGAAUAAAUAGUGAUCUAAUAAGCAGAGAAUAUUUAAAUAGCUAUGUAUCCUAUCUAAACAAUUAUCAUAUUAUUAUGUAGUUUAAUAUAUUCUAUACUACUAAUUUAGUAUAAUUUUUAUAUUCAAUUCAAAAUAAAUUUGGUUCUUUGAAUAAUGCUGAAUAAAGAAUUUUACAUAGUGCUUGUGAAAGUUAUUAAUAUUUUAUUCAACAUCUUUAUCCAAAUUAUAUUAGUACAUAAUUUUACUAUUUAUCAUAAUUAAAUCUUAGUUACUAUAGUAUAAAGCACUUUUUAAAUAUUUAAAUUUUAUUUACUAAAAGAAUUUCAUAACUCUUGGGAGAUUUUAAUGAAAAUCAAUUGAAAUCUAUCUAUUAUUCACUAGGAAAGGAUGGAUUUUAUAAUAAUAAGAUUAAAGAUUUUCUAAUUAAAAAAAUAGAUGAAAAUUUUGAAAUUAAAACAGAUGAAUAAUUUAUAUCUUAAGUAAAUUUGUUUUUAUGUGCUACAAAUUUAUUCAAUUAAAUAGAUAUAUAAAGCAAAUUAAUUUAAAAAAUUAAUAAUAUUCUUAAAGUUUAAAAUUAAUUUUUAGAAACAAGAUAAUAAUAUCUUGUAUCAUUAUAUUAACAAAUUCUGAGAUGUGAAAUUUUUGAUGAACAUAUUUGGAAUAACUAUUUCUAAAUUUAAUCCAAAAUUUAAGAUUCAUAUAGAAAGAAUUUUAUAAGUUAUAAUCUAAUUCAAUUUAAAUCAAAAUUAAGCAAAUCUUGUUAAAAUUAUGUUGAACACAAUUUUGAAUCAAAUAAGGAAAUUUACUUAUAAAAACUUUGUGACACUAGAUCCAAUUCAACUAAAAGUAUGGAGAAGAAUAUUUAAUUACUUUUUGAUGAAUUAAAAUUAAACUACUAAAAUAACAUAUACAGUAUUAUUUUUUAUAUUCUUUAGUUGAUUAAUUUGAAGUAGACUUUUAUUUUCCUAAGCAAAAUCUAAUACUAGAAAUAUGUGGUCCUGUUCAUUAUUCAUUUAAUAUAGAUGCUACAGAAGGAGUACCAAUUAAAACAUUCAAUACAGAUUAAGAAUAAAUUUUACAUUAAUCUUUAAAUCAGACAUCAUUAUUCAAAAAGAAAUAUCUUGAGAGUUUAGGAUAUAAAGUGUAUUAUUUGAACUUCAUGGAUUAAAGAUAUAAAAAUACUUAAAUUUAAAUUUUAGAAUAUUUAAAGUCAUUAAAAUGA